AUGCCACUAUUUGAGAGUGUCACCCGCGAUCCUGAGAUUAAAGGUUUCAAUCCUGCGAUUAAAGGAUUUGUUCCGAAGGUGGAAGACCAGAUACAGCUGACAGUGAAACAACAGUCGUGGCUACUUGUCGAAAUCCCCACCCUUUCAGAUUAUGAAAAUUAUGCGUGGGCUGCACUGAGACCGGCACGCACAAUACUGUGGGAAAGACAUGCCCAGGAGAGAAGUGAUGGUUUCUACUCUCCUCCAGGGUUCAUACCGCGAUAUCCUGAACCUGGUAAAUGGUACAAACGUCGACCAGGCAGUGAAUACAUGAGUUGCUCCCAACAUCCAUGCAACUGUCAGAAGUUGCGUUUUUUGGUGCGUCUCAGUGAUGCUUUGUCGCAAGCUGCAGUGGAUUGCACGCAAGACUGGUUUUUUCUAGAUUUGCCGAUUUUUGCUUCUGCUCCUACAGAAACUGUAGGUGACCUGCCUUUGUUUGCCGCUGAAUUGGUUGGAAACAACCGACUGCGAGCGGGCUACUUGGCUCUCAGCGGAGGCCUUCCCAAUUCGCGAUUGUGGCAAUGUAAGACACCCUUACUUGUUGUUUGGAAUCACUUGCACAUCGCCUCGCUGAAGCUCACUGGGGAGGUUACUGCUUUCACCUCUCUGAACUCUGCCGACCACACAUCGCAGCUAGGCAUGAAUGAAGAUGCAAUGAAAGAAGAAGGUGAAUACUUUGCCAUGGCGUCCAUAUCCAGUCUGCCAGAGUGGGUGAUAUCUGACGAACUCAAAGAACUUCGAGAGAAUCGUGCAACUGGUCCUUGCCGUUUGCCUCAUGAAGAGCUAAAGGCCAUCCAGUCUGAAGAGCAGCACAAUGCUCUGCAGCUUCUGCAGCAAGCACUCCGAGCACUGAUGGUGCGCAAAGUCGCCUAG